AUGUCGGCGCUGCGGAGGAAGCUCGGGGACGAGUACCAGGUGGUGAGCACCUCGGCGAGCGGCGGGGGGUUGCCCCCGCCCCGGGCCGCCCCGCGGGGGAAGCGGCAGCGGUUCGUGGAUAAGAACGGGCGGUGCAACGUGCAGCACGGCAACCUGGGCGGCGAGACCAGCCGGUACCUCUCGGACCUUUUCACCACGCUGGUGGACCUCAAGUGGCGCUGGAACCUCUUCAUCUUCAUCCUCACCUACACGGUGGCGUGGCUCUUCAUGGCCUCCAUGUGGUGGGUGAUCGCCUACAUGCGGGGCGACCUGAACAAGGCGCACGACGACAGCUACACGCCCUGCGUGGCCAACGUCUACAACUUCCCCUCCGCCUUCCUCUUCUUCAUCGAGACCGAGGCCACCAUCGGCUACGGCUACCGCUACAUCACGGACAAAUGCCCCGAGGGCAUCAUCCUCUUCCUCUUCCAGUCCAUCCUGGGCUCCAUCGUGGACGCCUUCCUCAUCGGCUGCAUGUUCAUCAAGAUGUCCCAGCCCAAGAAGAGGGCCGAGACGCUGAUGUUCAGCGAGCACGCCGCCAUCUCCAUGCGGGACGGCAAGCUCACCCUCAUGUUCCGCGUGGGCAACCUGCGCAACAGCCACAUGGUCUCGGCGCAGAUCCGCUGCAAGCUGCUCAAAUCCCGUCAGACCCCGGAGGGUGAGUUCCUCCCACUCGAUCAGCUGGAGCUGGACGUGGGCUUCAGCACCGGAGCCGACCAGCUUUUCCUCGUGUCCCCACUCACCAUCUGCCACGUGAUAGACGCCAAGAGCCCCUUCUACGACCUGUCCCAGCGCAGCAUGCAGACCGAGCAGUUCGAGAUCGUCGUCAUCCUGGAGGGCAUCGUGGAAACCACGGGGAUGACGUGCCAAGCCAGGACGUCCUACACCGAGGAUGAGGUGCUCUGGGGUCACCGUUUCUUCCCCGUCAUCUCUUUGGAAGAGGGGUUCUUUAAAGUCGAUUACUCCCAGUUCCACGCGACGUUUGAGGUCCCCACCCCGCCGUACAGCGUGAAGGAGCAGGAGGAGAUGCUGCUCAUGUCCUCGCCCUUGAUAGCGCCCGCCGUGAGCAACAGCAAGGAGAGGAAUAACUCGGUGGAGUGCCUGGAUGGUCUCGACGAGGUCGGCACAAAGCUCCCUUCCAAACUGCAGAAAAUAACCGGGAGGGAAGACUUCCCCAAAAAACUCCUCAGGAUGAGCUCUACCACCUCUGAGAAAGCCUACAGCAUGGGGGAUUUACCCAUGAAACUCCAGCGGAUCAGCUCGGUCCCAGGCAACUCGGAGGAGAAACUGGUGUCCAAAACCACCAAGAUGAUGUCGGAUCCCAUGAGCCAGUCGGUGGCCGACCUGCCUCCCAAGCUGCAGAAGCUGUCAGGCGGCGGCAGGAUGGAAGGGAACCUGCCCCCCAAACUGCGCAAAAUGAAUUCGGACCGCUUCACAUAACCCCGCGGCGCUGGGACGCGCACCUCCGCUCCCCUCCGGCUCCGGCCGCCGCUGGCAAGGGGCAGGGCGGGCAGGACAGCAGCCCCCCGCCAGCCCUGCAAGGUGUCGGUGAGCUCUGCGGUGCCCAGAGCGAGGGGCAUCCCCGUGCUGGCGGCGGGACGGGCGGCGAGAGCCGCUGCUCCUUGGCAUGUAGUAUCACAACACGCAUGCAAUACUAGUGUGCAAUUUCUUGCAUAUAGUUCUAUGGCAUGACUCCUACUGUAUUUAUACUGUAUAUGCUGAAAAAAAACCCACGUGGGAAAGGGGUGUUUCUUUCCCCUGAGAGCACUGGCAGGGGCUGCCCAGAUGGGCUGUGGAGUCUCUUUCUCUGGGGACAUUCCAACCCAGCUGGAUGAGUUCCUAUGUGCCCUAUUCUAGGUGGCUCUACUCUGGCAGGGGGGGUUGCACUGGAUGAGCUUUGCAGGUCCCUUCCAGCCCUUGAGAUCCUGUGGUAACUUUCAGGGUAAGUUAUCCUUUGAGUCGAAAAAAGGGGGUUGUUUUUUGCCUUUUUCUGAUGUGAAUCGUGACGUUCUGUUCGACAAAGUAGUUAUGGUGCAUGUCUGGUUUGGGUUCAUCUUUUCCCGAGGGGAAGGCGUGUGUGUUAGUUCCUAACACCGACUCUGCUAGCCUUAAAUUAACUGCUGGGGUCUAUUUUGCUUUAAACAGUUUUCUUGGCUUUUCUCUUCCUGCGUUUUCAGGCUCCCCCCUCCCCCUAAAAAAGAAGUGACCGUGUGUUUCAUGAGGCGUUGCUUAGAGAGGGAACUU